AUGGAAUCCUUAACAAUAUGUCCGAAUGGUUUCGACCCAUCCACUCAGUUCAUGAAAAUGGAGAGCUGCUGGAAAUAUAUGCCUGAUCUUUUGGAUCAAGCAGCAGCUGAUGCUGAAUGUUUGAAAUACAAUGGAGCAACAUUGGUGAUGAUAAGCAGUUGUGAAACCACACAUGCUUUACAACAGUAUCUCAGGGAUAAAGGAGUGAGUCGUAUCUGGACAGGUCUCACAUGUAACCAAACAGGUGUUCCUACAUCUUGCUAUUGGUCGGACGGCCGACCAUCCACUUCAGUACUUCAAGCAGAUCCAGGUGCCAACGAUUUUGCACCGGGAUCUCCGAAUGUUACAGUAGGGGAAUGUAUAUCUUACGAAGAGAGUAGUCGACAUUGGAUUAGUACGAAUUGUGGAGUGAGCAUGACAUUUGUUUGCGAAGUGCCGCCAACUAGUAAUGAUAACUGUACUUAUAAUUACAAUCACAACUGCUAUUUCCCCAGUAACAACAGUCUCACUUUUGGAGAUGCUCAGAAGUCUUGUGCUCAAAAUUGUGGAAAUCUUGUUUCAAUUCACUCAGAACUCGAAAACCGAUACGUCGCAUCUCUAUUCUCUGAACCAGGGACUAUUAAGAUUGGAGGCGUGGCACCCUCCAAGAGCACCAUAAUCCGGAGUGACUAUUCCAACACCGUAUUCAAUAAUUUGCAUACUUUGAACAAUGGAAAUUGUUUAUUUAUGGAUGUAAAUUCUGAUGAUAGUACUGAUGGGUUAUGGUACACUGAUAAUUGUUCUAGAGCUUCUUGGGAAAGAGGAGUGAGUCGUAUCUGGAUUGGUCUCACAUGUAACGAAACAGCGGUCAAGACAUCUUGCUAUUGGUCGGACGGACGAUCCACUUCAUCAAUUCAAGCAGAUCCAGGUUACAAUGAGUUUGCACCGGGAUCACCGAAUGUUACAGUAGGGAAAUGUAUAUCUUACGAGGAGAGUAGUCGACAUUGGAUAAGUACGAAUUGUGGAGUGAACAUGACAUUUGUUUGCGAAGUUCCACCAACUAGUAAUGAUUCUUGCACUCAUAAUUACAAUCAUAACUGUUAUUUCCCCAAUAACAACAUCCUAACUUUUGGAGAAGCUCAGAAGUCUUGUGCUCAAAAUUGUGGAAAUCUUGUUUCAAUUCACUCAGAACUCGAAAACCGAUACAUCGCAUCUCUAUUCUCUGAACCAGGGACUAUUAAGAUUGGAGGCGUGGCACCCUCCAAGAACACCAUAAUCUGGAGUGACUAUACUAACACUGUAUUCAAUAAUUUGCAUACUUUUAACAAUGGAAAUUGUUUAUUUAUGGAUGUUAACACUGAUGAUAGUACUGAUGGGUUAUGGUACACUGAUAAUUGUUCUAGAGCUUCUUGGUAUGUGUGCAAACGACCAAAUAACUCGAAAUGCUCUUUAUAA